AUGGAUCAGCCUCCAUAUCUCAGCAGUGGACCACCACACUCUGAUCCUAAACCACAGACACACAGACCAGUGUCUCCAGUGCCCAGCUGUGUGUCCAUGAAGAGUGACUGGUCUAUGGAUCCCCCUCCCAAAUUCAGCAGUGGACCAUCACACUCUGAUCCUAAUGGAUUUAGGGAUAUCCUGACCCAGGAUCAGUCCAGGUGUGGACACAGUUUCUGCAGGCAGUGCAUCAGCAGCUACUGGAGCCAGUCUGGUCCAUCAGGAGACUACAGCUGCCCCCAGUGCAAAAAGAGACCCAGAACACAACCCUUUCUAAACCCUCUAGUUAAAAGGGCCAAACUAACAGACAACCAUGUCCUGAACAGAGUACUGAUGACCCAUAAAGCCAGUAUGAAGAGGAGGUUUGAGAGCAUAUGUGAAGGCAUCAUAAGGUCAGGGACUCAAACACUCCUGAACAAGAUCUACACAGAGCUCUACAUCACAGAGGGAGAGAGUGAAGGGGUGAAUAAUGAGCAUGAGGUUUGGCAGGUGGAGUCAGCAUCCAGGCCACAAACUACAGAAGACACAGUAAUCAACUGUAAUGAUAUCUUUAAGCCCUUACCUGGACAGGAGAGACACAUCAGAACGGUCAUGACCAAGGGGAUUGCUGGCAUUGGAAAAACUGUAUCAGUGCAGAAGUUCAUCCUUGACUGGGCAGAGGACAGAGCUAACCAGGAUGUAGAUUUCAUGUUUGUGCUUCCGUUCCGUGAGAUGAAUUUGGUCCAACAUGAUCAGUACAGUCUUCACAGGCUCCUGCUUGACUUCCACCCUGAGCUAAGAGAGCUACAGGAUGUGGAUGUGCUGAUAACGAGCCUCAUUCAGGGAACUCUGCUUCCCUCUGCUCUUCUUUGGAUAACCUCCCGACCAGCAGCAACCAAUCAGGUCCCUUCUCAGUGCAUCAGUCAGGUAACAGAAGUACGAGGAUUCACUGACCCACAGAAGGAAGAGUACUUCAGGAAGAGAGUCAGUGACCAGAAUCAAGCCAACAGAAUCAUCUCACACAUUACAGCAACCAGGAGCCUUCACAUCAUGUGCCACAUGCCAGUCUUCUGUUGGAUCUCAGGCACUGUCCUUCAGAAAAUACUGGAACAGGAUGAUGGGAAGGAAGCCCCCAAAACUCUGACUGAGAUGUUCAUACACUUUCUGCUCAUCCAGACCACCAGGAAGAACCAGAAGUAUCAAGAGGAAAGUGAGACCGAUAGACAGAGGCUCCUAAAAUCACAUAAGGGUGUCAUAUUGAAACUAGCAGAGCUGGCUUUCAAGAAUCUGGAGAAUGGCAAUCUCAUGUUCUAUGAGGAAGACCUGAGAGAGUGUGGCAUUGAUGUCAGUGAAGCUUCAGUGUACUCUGGCAUGUGCACUGAGAUCUUCAGGGAGGAAUGUGUGUUUCACCACAAGAAGGUGUACUGCUUUGUCCAUCUGAGCAUCCAGGAGUUUCUUGCUGCACUUCAUUUGUUUUCCUCCUACUUGAAUAAGAACAUGAAGGUCCUGGAGCCAUUUCUUAGCAGAAAGUCUAGGUCUUUACCAGAUGUGCCUCUCGAUGAGCUGCUGAAGAAUGCUGUGAACAAAGCUUUGGAAAGCAAGAAUGGACACCUUGAUUUGUUUGUCCGCUUUCUUCAUGGCAUUUCUCUUGUGUCAAAUCAGAGACUUUUGCUUGGCCUCCUGACACACACACACAGCAACCCAGAGAGUGUGAAGAAAACAAUCAAGAACCUGAAGCUCUCACUGGUUCACUGCUCAGCCUUGGCUCAUGUGCUUCUGAUGUCUGAUGAGGUGUUGGAUGAGUUUGACCUGAAGAAAUACAAAACCUCAGAUGAGGGACGGAGAAGAUUGGUGCUAGCUGUGAGAUGCUGCAGAAAGGCCCUACUUGUUGACUGUAAGCUAACAGAGAAGUCCUGUGAGAUUGUGAUCUCAGCUCUGCAGUCUGCAAACUGCCCCUUAAGAGAGCUGGACCUGAGUCAGAAUGACCUGCAGGUGUCAGGAGAAAAGCUGCUCUCUGCUCUACAGAGUCCAAACUGCAAACUGCAGACACUGAGAGAGCUGGACCUGAGUAAGAAUACUCUGGGGGAUUGUGGAGGAAAGCUGGGCUCUGAAGCACUGAAUCCACACUGUAAGAUGGAGACACUUAGACUUGCUGACUGUAAACUAACUGAAAAGUCCUGUGAGAUUGUGAUCUCAGCUCUGCAGUCUUCAGACUCCCCCUUAAGAGAGCUGGACCUGAGUCAGAAUGACCUGCAGAAUUCAGGAGAGAAGCUGCUCUCUGCUCUACUGAGUCCAAACUGCAAACUGGAAACACUGAGACUUGCUGGCUGUAAGCUAACAGAGAAGUCCUGGGAGAUUAUGGCCUCAGCUCUGCAGUCUGCAAACUGCCCCUUAAGAGAGCUCGACCUGAGUCAGAAUGACCUGCAGGUGUCUGGAGAAAAACUGGUCUCUGCUUUACAGGGUUCAAACUGCACACUGCAGACACUGAGACUUGUUGGCUGUAAACUGAGGGGAAGAUUUCUGGCCUUGGCCCACCAGGGGGCAAACUCCCACCUGAGAGAGCUGGACAUGAGUGACAGUGAGCUUGAGGACCAUGGAGGAGAACUGCUCCAUCAACCACUGAACUCGCUCCACGACACCAGAGUCCUGAAGAACAGCAGGGUCUACAGAGAGGCUCCGCCUCCUCCUCCUGGCUGCUUCAUCAUGGGGGAUGGUGGAGACCUCUACAUUCCCAACUCAGCAGCCAUCAUUACCCCCAUACCAACAGCCAAUGUGAAGGAGGAUACAGAGUCCACACAACCAGAGAUACUCUAG